AUGGCUACUCUAUUAAAAUUGAACAAUGGUCUCAAACUUCCCCAAGUAGGACUGGGUGUCUGGAAGAUUCCCAACGAGUUGACAGCUGAGACUGUAUACAAUGCCAUUAAGCAAGGCUACCGUCUUUUUGAUGGUGCGGAAGAUUAUGGUAAUGAAAAGGAAGUAGGACAGGGUGUCCGAAGGGCAAUUGAUGAAGGACUGGUCAAAAGAGAAGAUCUUUUCAUCGUAUCCAAAUUGUGGAACAACUACCAUCACCCUGACAACGUCGGAAAAGCUCUUGACAGAACUCUUUCCGAUUUGGGUUUAGAUUAUCUGGAUCUAUUCUACAUCCAUUUCCCAAUUGCUUUCAAGUUCGUACCAUUAGAGGAGAAGUAUCCUCCUGCAUUUUACUGUGGUGAUGGGAACAAUUUCCAUUAUGAAGAUGUGCCACUGCUCGACACUUACCGUGCGCUAGAGAGGUUGGUGGAUGCUGGCAGGAUCAAAUCCCUGGGUGUUUCGAAUUUCAAUGGUGCCUUGUUGCAGGAUCUUUUAAGAGGUGCUCGUAUCAAGCCUGUCGCAUUGCAGAUUGAACAUCAUCCUUAUCUAGUGCAACAGAAACUGAUUGAGUACGCUCAAUCUGAAGACAUUGUUGUUGUGGCUUACUCGUCAUUUGGACCCCAGUCGUUUUUGGAACUGAAGGUCAACAAGGCCUUGACGGCUGUAUCUUUGUUUGAGCACGAUGUCAUCAAGAAGAUCGCCCAAGCUCAUAACAGAUCUGCUGGUGAAGUGUUGUUGAGAUGGGCAACUCAAAGAGGUCUGGCUAUCAUUCCCAAGUCCAGUAAACCAGAGCGUUUGAGCAGUAACCUGCAUAUCAAUUCCUUUGAUCUUACGAAGGAAGAUUUAGAAACCAUUUCGUCGCUUGACCUCGGCUUGAGAUUCAACGAUCCAUGGGACUGGGACAAGAUCCCUAUAUUUGCCUAG